AUGCAGAUUUCUCAGCUCGCCACUGCCCUUGCUAUGGUCGCGACCGCAUUGGCCGACGGCGUCAGUACAUCCUCUCUCCUACGUUACCCAGAGUCUAUCACUGACAACAACGGCACUCAGGUUUGCUACCCUAACACCGUCAAUUACCCUCACGUCGGCGGCUGCAGAUUCUCCCCUGAGGGCACACAGGUGAUUCCAGGGGUCAACUACUUUCCCUGCAGACAAGAUUCGCCUUGCAAGAAGAUGUACGCCAGGUGCCACUUGGACGAGACGGACCGCAAGCACGCGAAGUGCCACAGACAGACCAACUACCCGCCGAGUGAUGCUUGA